AUGGGCUUUGUAGAUAAGUGUCUGCCUCUUUUCUUUGUUCAUUCUCACAUUCAACAACCCAACAUGUCACCUACCAGCACCAUGCCUAUUCCAGCUAGAACUGCUUCCACUGCCACCGCAUAUUAUACCAAAGAUCAGUUUGCAUCAAAGCAAUUGAUUAUCUGCUAUGAUACGGAUAUGAUUGUAAUGCAAAAUAUUGUAUUGGCAUUCAACCAUUUACUUGCUACCUAUCCUCAAUGGUCUAGUAGCAUUGCGCUUGUAUUCUUUGCAAACGAGUCCAAUAUCCACGCCAGGAAUGUUUACUUUUAUCCCAAUCUUGAUAAAGAAGUUCGUGACACUUUGGAGGCAUUGGCUGUUACGAAGAUCUCGCUCUUUUCCACGUCACUAGACACAAAUGAUACCAUUCCUACACUUGUUGCAUUGAAUCACGCCCAAUGUUCAAAUCAAAUUGCUGUGGAUACAACAAAUUUCAAGCAGAUGGCAGACAUGUUGAACCAUUCAUUGUCAACAAAGCCGUUGAAUACCUCCGUGCUGUUCAAUGCUUACAAGAACACUCAAAGACGCUUGUUUUUGUUUGAUUAUGAUGGGACUUUAACACCUAUUGUAAGCAACCCAGCAGAUGCUCAGCCUACACCAACAUUGCUAAACCACCUGAGCGAUCUCUGCAAAGACCCCUCCAACACUGUGUGGAUUAUUUCUGGUAGAGACCAAGUAUUUUUGGACACAUAUUUGGGAAGAAUUCCUCGAUUAGGCCUUAGUGCCGAACAUGGCUCAUUCAUGAAGAAGGCAGGCUUGAAUGAUUGGACCGACAUGCUCAAGGACGCUGAUAUGUCAUGGAAGGACACUGCACUGAAAAUCUUUGAAAAGUAUACCAACUGCAACCCUGGCACUGUGAUUGAACAAAAGAAAUCAUCCAUCACCUGGCAUUACCGCAAUGCUAGCAAUACUCAAGAAGCUGAGAAACAGUCUGAAUUAUGCCAUCAAGAGCUGAUCAAGAUACCUGGUGUUGACAUUUUAGUGGGCAAGAUGAAUUUGGAAGUGAGAUCUUUGCUUGUGAACAAAGGAGAAGUCGUAAAACGCAUCAAGCAGAAGCAAGAGUCAGAUUUUAUUAUGUGUGCUGGUGAUGAUCAAACAGAUGAAGACAUGUUUAGCGCUCUCAAAGAUGAUGAUAAGGCAUUUUGUGUUUCAGUCGGGCCCUUAUCAAAGAUUACAUUCGCAAAAUAUUGCGUAGAGCAUAGUGAAGAUGUUGUAGACAUCAUUGGUCAAUUAGUGUCGAACACCAGCACGUUAUAG